CCUUCCUUGACACCUGGCCGGUAGGUAGAUAAUUUGGUCCUUUUGGUCGGAUUUUUCGCUCUGUGUGUCUGUCUCUCUGUGUCUGUGUGUGUAUGUGUGUCUAACGGGAGGACCUCACGCACGCCACCUGCCGGUGUGUACUUUAUUGUACAUAUGUAAACAAUUAGCGGCGUGAAUGCUGUGCUCUGCUGUGCAUGGGUAGGACAUUUGUCUCCGUGACAACAGACGCGAUGGAAUUAAUAGUACAUUGAUCGUCACUUUAUUUCGGGCUCCACCCGUCCCAUCUCGCACAAGCUCCUGGUGCAUCAAUCAGAGAAAACGGCGCAGCCAUGACCUCCGCUGGUUUUGCCCUCGCAAUGGCGACCCUCUGCGUCGUAUUUGUUAGCACGAGUCGUCCGGCGCUGAGAGCCCGCGUCGACAACGUCCGACAGGCAUCUUCCGCUGGCGUAACGUCGGUCGUGACACAAGAGGAUACCAAAGGGGCGGAGGAAUCAGCUGCAAAAGCGCCACAGCGCCCCUGCACACCAGGUCAGGUCAUCCGAAGAAGGAAGGCCACUAGCUACUCGCCGACAUCUUCGCGCCUGCUUGUCUCUUCUGUGCAGGCAGUGGUUCGUGUGAGGCCGUCCCAGACAAGAGAGCAGCGUCUCCACUGCUCUCCCUCUUCAAGAGGCCGCCAGCUGAAACGACAGCCACCAAGGCCGGCGCGAAGGUCAACGAGGCCGCCAAGUGCGUUGCGGACGGCCAGAGGUGCCAGGGCGACCUUCCCUGCUGCAGCGGCACGUGUGUGGGGGGAUUCGGCAAGUACAGCCUGCAACGCGUCUGUGCAUCGAGCAGUAGAGCAGCAAAGCAGCCCCCAGCGAAUGCACAAACGCCGAAAAACGGAGAGAUCAAGGGCGAGACCCGGGUCAUCAGCCCUAUCGGCAGUCGACGCAAGUACAACUACACGGCCAAGAGAGAAGAGGCGACCGUGCAACGCGCCAGUCGGCUGACCUGUCUCGCUAACGGUGACAGCUGUGUGGCUGCAGGGCACUGCUGCAGCAGCCACUGCGGCAGCAAGAGCAAGACAUGCGCUAAUGACCCGGCCAGAGAUGGGGGCUGGAAUGAGAUACUCAUCCAGUGAUUUCUCUGUGGUCGGCCGGAGAUGGACGUGUCUUUCAAUGGAUGCGUGGUGUUGUCAAUUCGAUGGGGCGGGGGUGCGUUGAAGCGGUCGGUCCCUUCCAGUUGGGGGCACUGUUUUGAUGUUGUAAUCCAUGCCGUCGCGUGUGUGUAUUUGAUGAUGGGAAGGGCGCUGGUAUCUGCGUUGGGAGGGGAUGUGUGUGUGUCCCUGGUGAAGCUACGUAAGGCUGUGGUCUCUUUCAUCUGAGUGUGUGGAUCCAGGUCAAUGCUUUUCUUGCUACUGAGACAGUAAGACAAUUGUUCAUGAGACAAUUCAGCGGGCGUGUGCGGUGGGUGCAGGCAGCUGACAAAGGCAGACGACGGUGCUAUCUUCCUUGGUACAGAACGACAGCACUGUUGGCUUCCUUCACCAGAUGUAGACACGCACCGCGCACACCCGCACCUGCAUACUGAAG